AGAUAAGUUCUCCAUUAACUCUCUUACUUAUAGACCCUGGCUAUAUUUAGGGAUGAGAUAUUGCCGUCGCUAAGGGCUUGACACCAGAUAGUUGUAUAAAAGAGUGGAACAACUUUCAUUUCAGACAUCGGGAACUUGAGUCAAACAAAGUUAAGAUGUUCUUCAAGUAUACAGUUUUGUCAGCAAUUGCUAUCCUGGCUUCCGCUGCACGAAUCCCUGAGCCAGAGGAAAGGAUUGUCGGAGGCCACCAUAUUCCCAUCGAAUACGUUCCUUGGCAAGUGUCACUGUUGAAUAAUGCGGUACACAUCUGCGGGGGAAGUAUACAUAGCGAUCGGGUUAUCCUUACUGCUGCCCAUUGUCUUGAUUACGUAGCGAUUGAGGAUUUAUCAGUUCGAGCUGGAUCUUCGCAUUGGAGCAAAGGAGGUCAAGAAGUAAAGGUUCUAAAAGCCAUUUCCCAUUCUCAAUACCAUUACCAAGAUCUUCCUUAUGAUGUUGCUGUGCUGAUUUUGGAGUCACCCCUCAAGUUCAAUGCGAAUGUACAGAAAAUAGCUCUAGCUGAAAAAACUCCUAAGGGUGGAACUAUGACCUUGGUCUCCGGAUGGGGAGACACCCGAUACGGUGCUCAUUUCGGAUGGCCAAUUCUACAAGGCGUUCAUGUGGCUUUACUUGAUCCCAUUGAUUGUAAGAAAUAUAAUAGUAAGGACGUGAUUUGUGCCGAUGCAUCUGGAAGGGACGCAUGUCAAUUCGAUUCCGGCGGACCUUUGGUUAGCUUACCGGACCGAAAGCUCAUUGGCAUAGUUUCCCAUGGAGAAAAUUGUGGUAUUGGCCACCCUGCAGUUUAUGCAGAUGUUGUCUUCUUCCGCGACUGGUUCAAUGCAACAAUCAAUGUAAAUAUUUAGUAAAUCACUGUCACUUAAAGUUAAUAUUGUAGUUUGUACAAAUAAAAGCGAUUUUUCGAACA